CUGUUAAUCUGUUAUCAUCAAGUUUAAUUUGAAUAUAUACAGAAGAAAUCUCAAAAUCUGUACUGGAAAUGAUGGUUGAGAACCAGGAUUUGGGUCUGAGUCUUAGCUUGAACUUUCCGGCAGCGGCGGAGAGAAAUCCGUCUUCACUUCAGUUGAAUCUGAUGCCGGCUUUGGUUUCAUCUCAAUCGUCCUUUAAUGUUCUCCAUAGAACCCCUAAUUGGACGGAUUCCUGCCCGUCUUCAUCAGAUCGGAACAACGCUGAUGCGUUUAGAGUGGAGACGAGAUCGUUCCUGAAAGGAAUCGAUGUGAACAGGUUACCGCCGACGACCGCCGAGGCGGAGGACGAGGCAGGCGUCUCCUCGCCGAAUAGCACUAUCUCGAGCAUCAGUGGGAAGAGGAGCGAGAGAGAUCUCCCCGUUAACGAACACGAUGGCGAGAGAACUUCUUCUCGAGGUCUCAGUGACGAUGAAGACGGCGAUAACUCUCGGAAAAAGCUCCGGCUAUCGAAAGACCAGUCGGCGGUGCUUGAAGAAAGCUUCAAAGAGCACAACACACUCAACCCUAAGCAAAAACUGGCUCUGGCAAAGAGACUUGGGUUGAGACCACGUCAGGUGGAAGUUUGGUUCCAGAACCGAAGGGCACGGACCAAAUUGAAGCAAACGGAGGUCGAUUGUGAGUUUUUGAAGCGAUGUUGCGAGAACUUAACGGAGGAAAACCGAAGGUUACAAAAGGAAUUACAGGAGUUAAGAGCGUUAAAACUUUCGCCGCAAUUCUACAUGCAAAUGGCACCACCAACGACCCUGACCAUGUGCCCGUCAUGUGAGCGUGUGGCGGCUCCGCCUCCGUCUUCCGCCAUGGACAAAGCGGCCGACCACCAACACAACCGACCCCACCGGAUGUUGCCUUUCAAUCCAUGGUCGACACCCACCGCACAUCAACAAAUGAAUGGCGUCCACCCUCGAUCGUAAAAGGGCAUUUUGGGUAUAAAAGGGUUAUAACAUAGAUAUGAUGAGGAAAUUGUAUUUGGGGUUUUAUGGUACUUUGAGGGAUAGUUUUGUAAUUUUUUUGGUAUUUAUUUAGUUUUUAGUAUUUAAAGUUUAUUAUUUCUUCCCUGAAGAAAAAUUGAUUUGUUUGAAUGACAAUGGGAAGAAACCCAACUA